AUGCUUCAAAUGAUCCAGAAUGCGGGGAAAUUCGGAGGUUUACAAGGAGAAGACCCGCAUGCUCAUUUGACUAGCUUUGUAGACAUAUGCAGCGCAUUCUCCAUACUUGGUGUGACACCAGAAGAACUUAGAUUGUAUCUCUUCCCUUACACCUUGAGGGAUGAGGCAAGAAGGUGGGCUCAGUCAUUAGAGCCAGACGAAAUCAACGCAUGGGAUCAGUUGGUUGAAAGGUUCAUGAAUAGAUUCUUCUCUUCAGCCGUUAACCCAAGGAGACGGGGGGAUGUAUUGAAUUUCGAACAGAAGGGUUAUGAAACUUUGAGCACCGCUUGGGUGCGAUUCAGACAAUUAGUGAAGAGCUGUCCACAUAUCGGGAUUCCCGAUUGCAUUAUGAUGGAGAAUUUUUACAAUGGCUUGGAUCAACCAACGCAAGCAGUUGUUGAUGCUUCCGUAGCAGAAGGAUUAAUGGACAAGUCGUAUAUGGAAGUAAAGAGCAUCUUAGAUCGCAUUUCGCGAGAUUCAGAUGAAUGGUUAGAUACCGAGUUUGAGGAAAGAAGUUUGGAGCAAGAAAGAGUAGAAGGUGCCAUUGUACCAGUUGAUACAAUGAGCACCCUGGUAGACCAGGUGACCAUAAUGACCUCGCUCCUUCAGACUAUGGCUAAUCAGCAAAGACAUCUCUCUCAAGGUUCAACGCAAGCCAAUGUGUUAACACACAUGGCCGCAAUGAAUUGCAUUCAAUGUGGAGAGGGACAUUCAGUGGAAGUCUACUCGUGGAAUCAGCAGUCCGUAUACCCUAUCUACAAUGAACCGUUCGGCAACACCUACAACCCUGGUUGGCGGAAUCACCCAACUUUUAGUUGGGACAGGAAUCACAACCAAGGGAGCCAGAGUAAUCAUCAGAACAAUUAUCAGGGGAUUCGAGGCAACCCUCCAGCUUCAUUAAUCCGGAUCAUAGCCCAGAAUAAAACGAUUGGUACAUUGCCUAGUAGCUCAGGAGCAUUGGGGCCACGUGGUAAAGAACAAUGUCAAGCAGUGACAUUGAGAAGUGGUAAAACAACAGUCCCCGUGUCACCUAUACCAGAUGCAAUAACAAGACCAGUAGAUUUAACAAUAAACGAUGACCAAUCAACCAUUAAUGAUAGAACUACCGGUUUAGAAGUAAGUACAUCUACAAGAGAUGAAUCUCAACAAGAAUUAAAUUCAAAAUCAACGCAACCUCCAGUUACUAGAACACAACAAGCACAGGACCUCAAUGAGCAGCCAAUUGAACAGGAAGUAUGGCGGGAUCCUCCAACUUUCCCGUCUAGGCUAAAGAAGAAAGAUCAUAGUAAGCAAUUUCAGAGGUUCCUGGAUGUCCUCCGACAACUACACAUCAAUAUUCCCUUAAUAGAAGCUUUGGAACAAAUGCCGAGCUGUGUGAAAUUCCUUAAGGAUAUACUUGCUAACAAAAGAAAGAUUAGGGAAAAUGAAACAAUUGCAUUAAUAUAUGAGUGCAGGCGGGCACUGAUCGAUGUACAGAAAGGGGAGCUUACAAUCAGGGUUGACGAUCAGCAAGUGAAGUUCAACGUUCUCAAUGCGUUGAAAUACCCGAGUGAUAUGGAGAAUUGUCAAUAUGUUGAAGAACUGUAG